AUGUAUGUACAUGCUACAUAUGGACCAAUAAAUAUGGACUAUGAACACAAUCUAUACACAGAUGACGUAUCCGUAACUUUGCAAUUUUCUUUUUCAUCUGUACGUAGCGCAAAUCUAACACGGUUAGCUUAUACCAUGUACGCAUAAAUGCAAUAAAUUAAAUGAUUCAACUGACGCACGUAAUACUGAAAUAAAAGUGAGAAAGUGGAUGUGCGAUGGAAUCGCAAUAUCGACACGGACGUACGACAAUUUCCUCUUUCUUAUCUUAACAGCAUCCGGGACCAAAGAUGUUCAAUGGAAGUAUACUGAAAAUUCGUUUGAUUCGAAUGAGUAGGAUUUGAAUACUGAUUGAUUCAAUUAAAAAUGGAAGAGGAUGAUGAAGAGGUUUGCACACCAUGGAUACAGAAGAAUAAAAAUAAUAUAUCCAAACCCAGCCUUUAUCAAUCGGUACAAAGUAAUUUAAACAUUGGAUCAGUGGAAACUUUAUAUCAAAGUGUACGUAAUACCUUGUACAACGAUGCAGAAAAUAUGAGUAAUUUAAGUAGUAUGCAAAAUGUAAUUUCCAUGGAAGACAUUCGUCUACCAGAUACCGACGACAUCUCGACUAUUAACAACGGUACCGUUACCACAACGAUUGAUGGUAGCUGUACAGAUUUAAGACAUAGUAGAAGAGGCUCAGGAACGGUUUCAAACUCUGAGAGACCGCUUAGUUUAUACUUUAACGAUGAAACUCGCACAGUUGAUUUUAUUCUUGUUUGGGACGAGUAUGAUACAGAAGCUCAGACGCAUCGUAACAUCGAAUACAGACGUGUGUUCGAAAAGAAUCUCGAGAAAGAAGGUUUAGAAUUGGAACACGAGCAAACGGAACCGAACGGUCUGCACUUUAUAAAAAUACAUGCGCCGCGAGAAGUGUUAAGACGGUACUCCGAAAUACUGAAACUUAGGCUGCCCAUGAAGGAGUUACCCGGUUUAAAAAUUCCCGAGAGUCGUAGCAACGUGCUAAUCGACGAAGUUAAUUCUUUAUUCAAGAGAAUCAUGACAAAAUAUUACGUCAAUCAAACGAUUUUUCCAACGUUGAAACAUAAUUUCACUGCGGUUUACAGCCGCGAUAAAGAAUAUUUAUUCGAUUUGGAUUCACCUAACUUUUUCACUGCCGCAACGCGUGCAAGAAUCGUGCAAUUUAUCUUAGACAGAACAAGAUUUACCGAAUCCAAGCACGACGAUUUUGCAUUUGGAAUAGAAAGGCUGAUUUCGGACAGAGCAUACGCUGCUGCAUAUCCUCUGCACGAUGGCGAUCUACACACCCCAGAUUCUAUGAGAUAUCUUUUAUACACCGAGUGGGCAAGUCUACAGAAAUGUCUUCAUUAUCAGCCGUUAGAUUACGUGAAAGAAUAUUUUGGAGUGAAAAUCGGACUCUACUUUGCUUGGCUCGGAUUUUAUACGCAUAUGCUUAUACCAGCUUCUAUCGUUGGUCUUCUAUGCUUCAUAUAUAGUUGUGCAACAUUGUAUUCUAACGAACCAAGCGAAGAUACUUGCAAUCGCAAUGGCACCAUAGACAUGUGUCCGUUGUGCGAUCAUUUCUGUGGAUACUGGGAUCUGAAAGAAACUUGUCUACACUCGAGAAUUACGUAUUUGUUCGAUAAUCCGUCUACCGUGAUUUUUUCUGUAUUUAUGUCGUUGUGGGCUACACUGUUCUUGGAAUUGUGGAAGAGGUAUUCAGCGGAAAUAACUCAUAAGUGGGACUUGACUGGUUUAGAUGCUCAAGAGGAACAUCCUCGACCUCAGUACUUAGCACGUUUAGCGCAUAUAAAAAAGAAGUCCCUUAAUAUCAUUACAAAUACAGAGGAACCAAAAGUUCCGUUUUGGAAAAUGAAAGUACCUGCCACGAUUCUUAGUUUUUCCGUCGUUUUAUUAUUGAUCGCAAUAGCGAUGGCUGCCGUCUUAGGAGUUGUCCUCUAUAGAAUGUCUGUGUUAACUGCAUUGAGUGUUUACGGUCAUCCAAUGGUAACAAGUUAUGCAAUACUCUUUACUACAGCCACAGCAGCUAGUAUUAAUUUGUGUUGCAUUAUUGUGUUCAACUGGGCUUAUGUUUGGUUGGCUGAAUACUUGACAGAGAUCGAACUUCUUCGAACUCAAACUGAAUUCGACGAUAGUUUAACAUUAAAAAUAUACUUGCUCGAAUUUGUAAAUUAUUAUGCUUCCAUUUUUUAUAUAGCAUUUUUCAAAGGAAAGUUCGUUGGUUAUCCGGGAAAGUAUACUCGCUUUUUUGAUUAUCGGCAAGAGGAGUGCGGACCUGGUGGUUGUCUUAUGGAGUUAUGUAUACAAUUAAGUAUUAUUAUGAUUGGUAAACAAGCCAUGAAUACGAUAUUAGAAAUGCUGUUUCCGUUAUUUUUUAAAUGGUUGAAUACGUUAAAAGUACACGUCGGAAUGAAAACGGAGGAUGGACAACGAAGAAACGCGUCUAGAAAACAUCUUCAGUGGAUCAAAGAUUAUAAAUUAGUAGAAUGGGGUCCAAGAAGUUUAUUCCCGGAGUAUUUGGAAAUGAUAUUACAAUAUGGAUUCGUUACUAUCUUCGUCGCUGCAUUUCCGUUAGCGCCAUUUUUCGCGUUAUUAAAUAAUGUUUUUGAAAUGCGACUGGAUGCAAAAAAAUUGUUAAGAAUGUACAGGAGGCCAGUAGGACAGCGUGUCAUAGAUAUAGGUAUAUGGUAUCGCAUUCUCGAUUCGAUUUCUAAAUUGUCCGUUAUAACUAAUGCAUUCAUCAUAGCUUUUACAUCGAAUUUUAUACCGAGAUUGGUUUAUCGAAUGACUGUUUCCGACAAUUAUUCUCUCGAAGGAUUUUUAGAACAUUCUCUUUCGAAGUUUGAUACGGACGAUUUAAAAAAUGGUACUCAGCCGUUUUCUCUACCCAAUGACAAACCAGUAAAAAUAUGUAGAUAUCCAGAUUACAGGGAACCACCAGAAUCACCAAAUAAAUACCAAUAUUCGAUUAUGUUUUGGCACGUAUUAGCUGCUAGAUUAGCUUUCAUUGUUGUAUUUGAGAAUCUCGUUGCUCUUGUAAUGAUACUUGUACGAUGGUGCAUUCCUGAUAUGAAUCCGCAAUUACGAGACAAAAUUCGGCGGGAGGCCUAUAUAACUAACGAAAUAAUUAUUCAACAAGAAGCAUCGCGCGCUUGUGGGAGAUCAACUGAUCUAAAUGAAAAUACAAAUCGGUGGAACAGAGUUAUGAGAAGUAGUUUAUCAAACUCCGAAUUCGAUUUAGAAGUCCAUGGAUCUCCUAUAUCUCCCGCCAAUGCACGCUCACAAAUUGGACCUGCCGCGGUAUAAUAAAUGUAGAUAAAAGAACCAUAACUGUGAUGCUAGUCUCGAUACUGUACAUUGGCAAAUAUCAUUUGAAAAAAUUACGUAUAAAAUGUAUGAGAUGCUACUAAUAGUACUAUCGGCGGUAAACAAAGCUACUAUGUCGCUUAUACUUGGUCAUAUAUUUUUAUUAAUCAAUGCGAUUUAUAUAAGUAUGAAAUGGAGGGAGUAUUCUCAUUAUCUUAAUUUAUAUUUGCAAGAUAUUAUGAACAAAAAAUCCGAAAGUACACUUGUGCCUAUGCAAAAACGUUAUAAUGCACAUAGUUCGCUCAGUCAUUAUUGUGUCAACAAUUUAAGUAUAUAAAUUGUUAUAUUUAUCUAUAUAUUAAGUCUCUAUUUAAAGACUCUGUAAGUCUUCCUCUAUUUAAAGUUCCUUUGAAUCAUGAUAUGUGGAACUAACUUUUAAGAGUGAAUUUACUUUGUUAAUUAAAGCAAAAAUUUGGUUGAUUUGUUUUUUAUUAAUAUCUUUGUAACAUAAAAUCUACCUCCACUAUACAUGUGAGUUUAUUAUACAAAUUUUCACACUUUUACAUAUUUACAAGUACGGAAUUUAUAUUUUACUAUAUUCAGCUGCCAUGUCUGACGAAUAUUAAUAAUAAGAUCUGUAUGUAUUUGGUAUUAUUAUGAUUAAUUCUAUAUAUAUAUAUAUAGAAUAUAAUGUUAUAUUUUAUAAUAUAAUUUAUAAAAAUUAAAACGUAUACAAUAAAAUAAAUAAAGACAUUUAUUAAAAGUG